CGUGAUGAGUGCACUACAGAUGACAACAUAAACACAAUUAAGUGAUCAUUGAAUUGGUUUUUGUCCGCAAUUUUGCAUUCAAUUCAAGUAUAUCUCUUCACCAGUGAUCACUUGACUCUAAAUAAUGGCAACUCUUGUGUACAACUCUUUGGGUUUCUACAAGAUUCCCAUAACGAAGACAUUGCUGUCAUCACUGAUGUUGAGUUGCGGUGCACUUCAUGUGCCGAUUGUCGCCAAUUAUAGACAUCUUAUGGUCUGCAGUGUCAAUGACAUCCUCUUCAGACAUCAGUUGUGGCGACUGAUGGUCUCGAAGAUGGUGUUCGCAGACAUGAAAGACAUGGUCUGCGGAUGUCUUCUACUCUAUUACUUACGUGUCUUUGAGCGCAGGUUUGGAUCAAACAAAUAUUCGUCCUAUCUGUUGGCGUGUUUUACCAUCUCUUCACUACUGGAAGUGUCAUUAGUCUGGGCUCUCAAUGCACUCAAUGUGACAGACAUUGAAUACUUAACGCCCGGACCAUUUAAUAUAAUAUUUGCACUUUUCGUCAACUAUUACUUCGAUGUCCCGGCGCUACACAGCACACCAUUCCUGGGAAUUCCUAUAAACGCUAAAUCCUUGACAUACCUCCUCGGCCUUCAGGCGAUGAUAUCGACGAACAGUAGUAUUGUUUGUGCCGUCUCUGGACUCGUAACGGGUUUCAUCUGUCGCUGGAAUGUCUUCCAUGUCUGCGAUAUCAUCAAAGUUCCCAAAUGUGUGGCGUCUGUAGUGAGCAAAGUGUUGGGAGGGCUCUUGUGUUCGGGACCACCGGCCGAGAGUCCCAUACAAAUGGGCGCCACGUUUGAGAUCCAAAGACAACAACAGAUAGAAUUAGCGGAACAACAGAUGCUUUUCAGCCGAUUUGCAGAAAUGAAUCCACGAAACGAUUCAAAUGUCUUUCCAAACCGACGGCAAAACGAUUUAAGCGCGCAGUCGUCCAGCGCUUCUGCCAAUUCUGAAGCGAGCGGUUCCACGAAUGCCGAACACGUGACCACAUUAGUGGAGAUGGGGUUCAGCCGGCAGAACGUGGUUCGAGCCCUUCAGCGGUCCAACAACGACAUGAAUUUGGCCACAAAUAUACUUCUCAGCGAAUCGUAACUCUUUUAGUUAUAAAUUCAUAUUUUUGUUAAUUUAUUAAGUCUUUGAUCUUUUUAACACUUCAUUUGUAUAUAGG